AUGCACGGGACCUUUUUCGGAGUCCUCCGUCGCUACAGCUGUCGCAUUGGUCGGCCAUCCAUCCGCAACCUGCAUCGGAUCAGUGAAGCCAAGGCGACGAUAUCCAUGGCGUCCACCACGCCGACGUACGCGGAUGCUAUCCGGCUGCUCAACUCGACGCAGACGGGCUAUAAAACGCUGGAGCAGCGGCGGCGCGAUGGCUUCAAGCUGGACGACCAGGACCCGAUCGGGCAGAUGAACCGGUGGCUGGGCUACAUGGGCUAUGCGCCGGCGGAUCUGAACCGGCUGAACGUGGUGCACGUGGCCGGCACCAAGGGCAAGGGCACGACGUGUGCGCUGACCAACUCGAUCCUGGAGCGAUACCGACAAGGCGACCGGAAAGGCAGUGCUGGUCCGCACAAGGUCGGCCUAUUCACGUCGCCGCACCUGGUGGCCGUGCGCGAGCGCAUCCGUAUCGACUCGGCGCCCAUCUCGGAGGCCGAUUUUGCGCGGUACUUUUUCGAGGUCUGGCAGGCCCUCGAGGCUGGUGAUGCGGACGCGCCCAGGCCGUCGUACUUUCGUUUCCUGACCCUGCUGUCGCUGCACGUGUUUGUGCGCGAGGGCGUCGACGCGGCCAUAUACGAGGUCGGCGUGGGUGGCGAGCUUGACGCGACCAACGUGUUUGUCGCUCCGGCCGCUACGGCUGUCUCGACGCUCGGCAUCGACCACGUCGUCACGCUCGGCCAUACUAUCGACCGCAUCGCCUGGCACAAGGCCGGCAUCUUUAAGCCGGGCUGUCCGGCCCUGACUGUGCCCCAGCAGGAUGAUCCGAUCCCGACGGACGUGCUGCGAGCUCGUGCCGCCGAGCGCCAGAGCAGCCUCACGAUCCUGCAGCCGGACUGCUACGAAGCCGUCUUGCGUGGCGUUCGCAUCACGCCCGACGAGCCGUUCCAGCGCAAGAAUGCCGCCCUCGCUGUCGCUCUGGCCGCUACCGUGCUUCGGCGGCUCGGCGUGGACGACGGCCGGAUUGCCCUCGAGGCCCUGGGCCUGACAGAAAGACAUGCGAGCAGCGAUUCGACCGAUGGGGCCGAUGGGACCAAACUCCCCCAGCCGUUCGUCGACGGACUCGAAAACGUCGUCUGGCGCGGCCGCUGCGAGAGCAAGACCACCGACCGCCAGCGCUGGUACCUCGACGGCGCCCACAACCACCAGAGCCUCGACGUGGCCUGUCGCUGGUUCAGCCGUGCGGUGGCGACCGACAGCACGACGCCCACCAUCCUCAUCUUCAACCAGCAGUCUACGCGCGACGCCGUCGACCUGCUGCGUGUCGUCCAUGAGACCGUCUACCGCGCGGGUGUGCGCUUCCAGCAUGCCGUCUUCUGUACCAAUGUCACGUACAAGGACAACUCGUGGAAAGUUGACUUUGUCAACAACAACGUUGACCCGUCCGAGCUCAAGAGCCUGUCGCUGCAGCAGACACUCGCAGACUACUGGAAGACGCUCGACCCAGACACGGACGUGGCUGUUGCGCCGACGGUCGAGGACGCCGUCGACCGCGUUCGCGCUAUUGGAGGCGGCCAGGUCGACACCCGCACGCUGAUCACCGGCAGCUUCCACCUGAUCGGUGGUGCUCUCACCGUGCUGGAGGGCGGCGAGGCGUUUGCCCACGAGAGCAUCUCGGCCACGUUUGCGGACGAGAGCACGUUCUCACACAUUCUCCCCCACGAGAACAGCAUGGAUCGGCUAUAUCCCAAGGCGACGCAAAAUCGGCUGCGCUUCCACGAUCCAGGCUUCAGCACGGUCAUCGUCGCCUUUCUGCGCGCUGCCGGUCGGAACUUUCUGCUGCUCCAGCUGCUCUUCCUCGGCCUCUUCGCCUACAUUUUCGGCUCGCUCUUCCAGCAGUCGGCCCACGGCCACAACCUGACCAUUGCCUUUGUCGACUACGAUGGCGGCUCGAUCUCCUCGCCCAUCGGCCAGGCCGUCCUCACGGCCUACGCAUCGCUGGCCGGAACCGCUUUCCCGACCCUGAUCGAGCGCGCCCGUGACGACUUCCCGCUGCCGGCCACGGACCUGCGCCAUGCCGUCUGUCGAACGGACUACUGGGGCGCCCUCUACGUGUCGGCUGGCGCAUCUGGUCGACUACAGGCCGCUCUGAACAGCAGCAGCAGCAGAGUCUCGUCCAACUACAACCGCAGCGACGUGCUCUUCUACAUCUGGAACGAGGCCCGCUAUCCGGUCGUGGUCGAUGCGCUCAUCGCCGGCAGCAUCCAGACGCUCGCCCAGGCCGCUCGCAUCGUCCUCGCUGCCAACGGCACCGCCACCGACAGCGAUGGCAUCAUCCCCUGGCCGCUCGGCAGCCCGGCCACCGUCGACGUGCUGGCCAACCCCUGGACUCCCGUGGCCGUCGACAUCCAGCCGACGCCACAGGGCUCGCGCGCCAUCUACAACACGCUCGUCAUCAUCCUGAUUUUGAUCCAGGAAUUCUUCUAUCUCGGCAUCAUCAAUGCCCUCACUACAGCCUUCCACACCUAUAGCAAGAUCCACGCCCUGCGCAUCCUCCUGAUCCGCACCCUCAACGCGCUCAGCUACACCCUCAUCGGCGCCCUCUGCACCACCGGCGCCAUCUGGGCCUUUCGCGACCACUGGGACGUCCAGGCCCUCCAGUUCGGCGCCUCCUGGAUGGUCCUCUGA